GCCCCACAAAGCCGCUACGUGGCUCCUAACUCGGCCACGCGUAGCUCUGACCUUUGACUAUUCCUCCCCUCGUCCCUUCUCUCUCUCUCUCUCUCUCUCGCACGUCGCUCUCUGAUGAUUAUCUCCCUACUACUGCCACCAGAUUUCAGGUACGGAAGCUCCACAAACGAGCACGUCGAAUCCGGUGACCGGGAAAAGCGAUUUCACCGUCUCCAAUCAGCGCCACCGUUUCAUUGAACGCUGCUGAGCUCAGGUUUCCGACUCGUUUCCGUAUCUUCGCCAUUAUUUUACAUCCCGCCCCGUGUUUCAAAUUGCUUCUUUUUUGUUUGGUAGCCGAGAAAGUUCAAGAGAUAAAAAAGCAAGAUAAGGUCGUUUGAAUUCUGGAACUAUUGCAUACGCAUAGCCGAAUUCAGUUUUUGUACUUCUCUGUUUCGAUCUUAUUACUGAACAAUCUUCACAGGGAUAUCUAUUUAUGGGAGCUCUCCGGUCGUUUGACUGAACAGUUAGUUAAGCUCUUGUUCGAACGACUCGCGAGACUGUGUUCUAUUAGGGUUUCGAUAGCGAAAGUGGGAACCCUUCUCUCUGAUCCGUUAUUUUUCCCUUUUCUCUUAAUGGCGUAGGACAAGGGAAAAUGGACAAGCUCAAGUUGGCUCAAUGGGGAGAACGCUUGCGCACUGGCGGUGCUCAGAUGAGCCGGGUUGUGGGUGAUAAGAUGAAGGAAAUUCUGCAGGCUCCGACUCCCGAAUCCAAGAUGGUGGACGAGGCAACAGCGGAGACCCUGGCGGAGCCGAAUUGGGGAUUGAAUUUGAGGAUAUGCGCUCUGAUCAACAGUGAGGAGUUUAAUGGUGCGGACAUUGUGAGGGCCAUAAAAAGAAAGCUUUCUGGGAAGAGCCAAGUCAGCCAGAGAUUGAGCCUUGAUUUGCUUGAGGCCUGUACUAUGAAUUGCGAGAAAGUUUUCUCUGCAGUUGCUUCAGAGAAGGCCUUGGAUGAGAUGAUGAAGAUGAUUGACAACCCUCUGUCUGAUCCGGGGAAUCGGAAUAGGGCCUCACAGUUGAUUGCAGCUUGGGGCGAAUCCGAGGAUCUAGAGUAUCUGCCUGUUUUUCGACAAACUUACAUGAGCUUGAAAGAAAGAAGUAUGUUAGCUGAUGGAAAUGCACCUCUGAUGCAAUACUCGCUGGAGUCGUAUCUCGAUCGCCAGCCUCUAUCUCCUCCUGGAAGCUAUCCUGUUCCUGAUUCAGGAGUGCCGCCUGGCUUUGAGCAUGCUACCUUCAGAGAGAACUAUCAUGGUCUAUCAGUGGAAGAAAAGAAUGAAGUUAUUGUAACAACUAGGAAUAGUCUCGAACUUCUUUCUAGCAUUUUAAAUGCAGAAGCAGACCCAAUACCCAUCAAGGAGGAGCUAACAGUGAGCUUGUUCGAGAAGUGCAAGCAGUCGCAGGCUGUUGUGCAAAGGCUUAUAGAGAGCACCACUGAUGAUGAGGCGAUGCUGUUUGAGGCCCUCAAUCUCCAUGACGAACUUGAGCGAGUCAUCUCCCAAUAUAAAGAUAUGGAAGCUGGCUUACAGUUUGCCGAGCAAUCGGCUAAAACUCCUGGAACUUCGUUGAAGCCUGAUCCGGCAGUUAUUGUUGUGAAUCAGGAUAAUGCGAAGUCGGUAGAUCAGCCAGACAAUGGUGUACCACCGAAUCAAAGCGGUGGGAGAGAACUAUGAUCGACUUCAAUGCUGGGGACUGAGAAGUUGGCGUAGCAGACUUGUUAACUUUUCAGAUUGUAGAAGUAGAUUGAGAAUGUAUGUUCGCUGGUAAAUUUCCUUCUGUGGCCGCCUUGAUUCUGAGGUUUGCCCCCUUUUCUUCCCUGUGGUGUAGUAGUGGACAAGUGGUACUGAUAGCAAUAAGCAGGUGCCUUCGUUUCGUCGCGACGGUUGGUUGUAAUUAAGGUUCCACAUUUCCUUGUCCUUUUGGUAGUAAAUAAUGCUGUCAAACUCUUGUUUCCCAUUGAAUAAAAGUGUCAUGCCCUGGCUAUGCUGGAAAAGAAAAAAUAUGAGAAGAAUGAAUGUAUUAUUCGAAU